AUGGCAGUCUCCAGCAUCACCAACAGUUCAUCGCCUCGCCCGACCAUCGAAGUUCGGCAGUAUCGCCCCGAAGACCAUGCCACCAUCACCAAGAUCUUCGUUGAGGGUUUGAUGGCGUUCGACGACAACCUCGAGUAUCGCUACCUGUGGGAGGAGCGUCUGCGCAAGGACCUGACCAACGACUUCGCCGACAUCGAGGCGAGUCCCGGUGGCAACUUUUGGGUUGCAGUGGCAACGAAAGGUGGAGCGAGCAAGGUGGUCGGCAUCAUCGGCCUGCAACGCAGAAGUGAGACUGUGGGCGAGCUGCCAACGCAUGGGAAUUGGUCGGAAGCUCAUGACGCAGCAAGCUGGUCGAAGCAGCACGGGAUCAAGAGCCUGUUUCUCACGACAAACCCGAAGAAGAAGCAGGCGCUGGCGUUCUACGCUGCUCUCGGAUAUGCCAAGGUCGACGAGGUCGUGCACUUCUGGGAAGACCCUGAAUACUUUCAAGUCGACAAGCUCGUCAAGCAGUUGUAG